UCGGACACGGCGGAGCAUCUUCGCGAAUUUUAGAUAAGAAGUAAUGAUUAAUUCGGUCGUGCAUGGUUAAUUAAUCGCAGAUUCGGUGUGAUACGAGCAAUGACAACGGUGAGAAUCAGGGAGGCACCGAAAACAUCCCGCUGUACGCGUACGCGGCAGUCUCGUCAGGCACAUUGCGUCAGGUCGUGCGUUAAUUUAAUGGCGGCCAUUAUUGUGCUUGCACAUUCGUUGGUGUCGCGGUGUAACAGCAGUCAACGUGGAAGAUGGACGGUGCAAAGCUCAAGCGCCCGCUAUUCCGUUCACGUUUCCGCUCGGAUGGUCUCAUCGUUCCCGUUCUUCGCUGCGACUCUUUCUCAGUCUUCCUUCCCCCUCCUCGCUGUGGACUGCUUCUUCCAGGAAACCCUCAUUGAAAGGAAGGCAUCCGGAAGCAAGGUCGAACAACAAAUGAGACGGCUAUUUUCGUAGAAUGCACCCGCCUGCAUCCCGGUGCGCGUACGAGUGGCGGGAAUUAAUGACGAGCUGCUAAUUACGUCAAACGACAUAAUGCCACGGCGUCGCUGUCGACUCACUUUCACGACGGACGAGCGGCGGAUUAAACGAUGUCUCCUGCAAACAACCAGAUUAAGGCGCUACAGCUCAAUGUGCUACAAUUCCAUUAUCGCCGUAUUUUUUUUCGCGUGAGUUUUCUAACAUAAAUGAUAAAGUCCGUAGUAUCGUGUAAAAUGUCGCGUAAUUGUUACUAUGCAAAAAAGUUUGCAUUAAAAAUGCGUUUAACGUCGGAAGUGUCGGGAGUGUCGUACAGUGUCGCACGAUUCGUACGUUAUUGUAUUUUCGCGAGUGUAGUGUGAGUGCCACGAGAAAAAAACAACGGCGGAAAUCAGUGAGGAGGAGGAGGCCCGGGCGGUAUCGGACAACGGCGGAACAACUAUUAGAUCAACGUUGCUACACCUCCGCUGCUGCGCAUCAUAUUGUUGAAGGACAUACGCGCGAAACUCAAGAAUAGAAGCAGAAGGCAGAUCUCCAGCAGCGAACAAUAAGAUCCCCGCACACUCGCGAGCGCACUCCGAAUCGCAAGACGAGAGAGUCCGCGCGCGUUGCAGAGUCGGCCGUCGAGUCCGGCAGCUCCGUUAAUCGGACGUGCACCACCAUCCGGAACAAUCCCCCGCCCGUGGCAAGACGGCCGAUCGUGCGGACGUCCUCGGUGCUAUCCCGGUGCGGCCGCUACGUGCGACGACAACAGCCCGAAGAUUUUCCCACCGAAGGCCAAGAUGCAUAUCGAGGUGCAGGUGGCGCUUAACUUCGUGAUAUCGUAUCUCUACAACAAACUGCCGCGCAGACGGGUCAACAUCUUCGGCGAGGAGCUCGAGAAGGCGCUGAAGGACAAGUUCAAGGGUCACUGGUACCCGGAGAAGCCGUUCAAGGGCUCGGCGUUCCGAUGUCUGAAGACCGGCGACCCGGUGGAUCCGGUGCUGGAGCGCGCCGCGAAGGAGAGCGGCGUGCCGAUCCAGGACAUCCUGGAGAACCUGCCGGCCGAGCUCGCCGUCUGGGUGGAUCCCGGUGAGGUGAGCUACCGCAUCGGCGAGCUGAACGCCGUGAAGAUUCUCUACUCGGAGACCGGCGAUCCGCACGACGAGACCUCGGCCGAUCGCGAGGUCACCAAGACCUUCAACCCGGAGGCGCAGUGCUUCAGGCCGAUCGAGGCCGUGAGCACGUCCCUGAGCGGUCUCAGCCUCAGCCCCAAGUCCACCUCGCCGUUCUCGAGCUCGCUCGGCAGCAACGCCAGCAACGGCUCGUCCAACAAUCAGCAGAACGGCCACGGGUCCGGCUCGUCCUCGGCGCCGUCGCCCACGCCCAUCACCAGCUCGUUCAAGGGCUCGCCCAGCCCCGUGCCGGCCUUCAUCCCGCGCACCACCGCCCCGCUCACCUUCACCACCGCCACCUUCGCCCAGACCAAGUUCGGCAGCACCAAGCUCAAGACUAGCAGCAAGCGCGCCAACAGGAUGUCGCCCACCGAGUUCUCGAACUAUAUAAAGCAGCGCGCAGCGAUGCAGCAGCAGAUUCACCAUCAUCAUCACCACCAGCAGCAGCACCAGCAGCCGCAGCAGCAGCAGCAGCAGCAGCAGCAGCAACAGCAGCCGCAGCCGCAGCAGCAGCAGCAGCAACAGCAGCAACAGGCGACCGCUGGUGCAGGGCUGCCGGUCUCACAGAGUUCGCCGCGUAGCCGCAGCUUGUCGCCCGGUAGCAUAGUCGCUGGCGCCGCCGGGCAGCAGCACACGGAUCCAAGCGCGUACUUUUUCCAGCACGGCCCGGCCGCGGCCGCGGCGGCAGCGUAUCACGCGCAGUUUCCGCAUCGCAACAUCUUCGACUCGUCGAGCCACGGCGGCUACCUGCCGGCGACCGAUCUUUACGCUAGCGCCAAGUUCCCGUCGUCGUACUUGGAUCCGACCGCGCUGGCCGGCCACCAGUUCUACGGCGGCGCCGUGAACGGCACCAAUGCCGGCACCGGCGGUAGCGUGAACGCCGGCACCAGCUCGCAGAACGCCGGCAGCGCCGGUAGCAACCUCGGCCCGAUCGGCUCCGCGACGGCCAACGGUAACGUGAACGCCGGCGCGGCGGCCGCCGCCGCCGCAGCGGCCCAGCAACAGGACAAGAGCGCCCUGGUCGAGGGCCUCAACAACUUCGGCCUCGGCUCGGUCGCGCCGUAUCCGGCCAGUCAGUAUCAGCACCUGCUCGUGGCCAACUAAUACCUCGCCACGAGUGCUCAUCAAUCCAUCAGCAACGACAACGCUGCCGCGCAGCGUCCCGACGUCCUGCGCAACGUCCUCGUUCUCGGUGCCGCUGGUCCGGCGGCAACGGACGGAAAAGAGAGAAGACCGUCGUCUCCGAAGCUCUAUUCGAGAGACGGCGUCCAGAGUCCGGCUUCCGUACCCUGAUAACGAUCAUCCCGCAGCCAGUUCUCUCCCACACUCUGUCUUUCUUCCCGAGAGUCUUGGAACUCCGCUGGCUACGGUUUUUAACAAGAUCAUCUAUAUCCUCCCGCGAUUCCCAUCCAGAACACUUCUCAGGACGCUCUUUCGUUCGAUCUAUCCUAAUCCAAGGAAACUCGAGGAAACACUUUGUAUAUACACUAUUAUCGAUAGCUGUCGACGAACGGGGGAGAGAUAGAGAGCGA